CGAGGGCCAGAAAGGCUAAGGACAAAUUAAUAAGCCAGGUGCACCUCAUUACCUGGGUAGACUCCGGUGGAACAUCUAGGGGAAGAGAAGUCAGUCAGUCAGUCAGCACACACGCGGCCUUUUGUUCAUUCGAGGUACAGCCAUGAAGGGACUAGUGGCUCUGUUCUUUGUUGCUCUGCUGGGCACCGGGUCUCCACAAGUGCUUGAGGGCUGCUUCGACCCCCCUGGCGAUGGACCUCUGGCUGACAUCAUUGUGGAUGGCCUGGAGGCAGCUCGCCCCAUCAUGAGCGAGGGCGUGCCAGAGCUUGGCAUCCCUCCCCUGGAUCCUUUCGGCCCCAUCCCGCUAAUCGAAUUCCACAUCGACGUCCCACAGCUCAGGAUGGACGGCUAUGUGGACCAGACCUUAGUGAAGAACCUCGCCCAGUACAUCAUCUGUUCGGUCAACGUGUCCCUCGGCAUAACGCAGAAGUUCGCCUUUGAGUUCCGCCUCGACAACUUCCGCAUGGAGGGCAAGUACGCCGUGGAUGGCCUCAUUGCCUCCCUCUUCCCGGUCUUCGGCGACGGAGACUUUAGCUUGGACACGUACACCACAGGCUUCAGUGGGGGCGCCAAGAUCUCCUAUAACGUCCUGACAGACCACGCCUCCAUCAAGGACCUCACCUUUGACAUCUUCUUCCAAAGCCUUAACCUUGAAUUGGAAUGCAUCCUUGGCUGCGGCGACAUGGCAGACCUUAUCAACUCAGUGACUGAUGACAUUGCCCCAGCUAUUUUCGACGCAGUGUGGGGCGUACUCCAGCCUGCCCUCGCCCAUGCACUGGAGACCGCCAUCAACGAAAUCCUCAAGGACAUCAACAUUUCGGAUAUCAUUUCUCCUCCUAGCGAGGCGCCUUUCCAGCUCCUAUUGUCCCCAAGCCCCCCUUCCCCCAGAAACACGCGGGACCUCGGCAACGCCAAUGAGUUCGUCGACUUAGUAAUGAACCUCAUGAGUGACGCUGUUGUGGCGGCCGGCCUGGACCCUGCACCGCUGCCCGACGCCUCCCUGGAUCUUGGUCUGGGCAUUGCGGACCUAUAUGAGGGACAGCUGGGUGGCCUCUCAACCAUGUAUCGUAGUGGCACCUGCACACUAGACAAGGUGGCCAGCUGGGUGUUCCUCUACGCUAACCUGGCCGUCGAUAACCUGCAGAUCUACUACCGAGCCAAUGUCACCUCGGGCUCCACUUCGCUGGCCACGAUAGGCGGCACCGUGGAGGUCAUCAGCGUGUAUAUGGUGGCUCGGCAAGACAUAUACGGCCUCAUCACCGACAUUGAUCAGUUCGUCAUCACUGACUUCGGGAGAAUCAACCUCGACAUAGACGGUCUGGGUGUCCUUGGGUUCCUACUCGAGCCGCUCACGGAGGCAGUGGCGAACCUCCUCAGGGAUGACAUUUCCAACCUGCUGGAGAAUGAAAUAAAAAACCUCCUGCAAGAUAUCCUUGGGGAGACACCAUGGCCGGCUUUCUAGUAUCUAUUUCUAUUUCUAUUUCGAAGUAAAACAAUACAGAAGACAUUAAUUCUUUUUUACUGUUCAGAUUGCAUGAAAAAUGUUCCAGACUACUUCCAUUAUCUACUUGAGUAAUGAAAUAUGUUAUCUCCGGCAUGAAAAGGAGACCUGUUUCAUCCUCAUGGUGUCUCUUUCGUUAUUGCUUGUAGGCAUGAAAAGACUCAUUCCAUAUCCGUUCCAGAAGUUGGGUUUCUUUCGUAGCUGGCCUCAGCAUGCAUUAGGAAACCAUUUUUGUCCACUAUUUUUCACUCUUGAUUUGAUAGUUUACUUUCACCACAAUUACGCAACAUUUUUGCAGGAAACCAUAUGAUAUUCAAUGAUGUUUAAAGCACUUAAUCCUUCAUGGUUCUUUGCAAUUUUGCCUUGGUGUAGUGAUGCUUACUCCUGCAUGAUGCUGGUGAGAGGCUUUGUCACAGGCCAUUUGAUGCUUUCUCCUGCAUGAUUCUGGUAAAAGGUUUUGUCACAGGCCAUUAUGUUUGGGCUAUGAUUAUUAGGUAGCAUGCAUGACUAUUCCUUAUGUACAAUAAAUAUGCCUUUCAGC